UGUGUGGUGCUGUUGCUCCAGUAGAGGUCGCUGCUCUCACUGUUUUGUGUUUUCAUCCUAGCAGCACUUUUAGAGGAAGAAAGCGGCCGGACGGCUCACACACGCCGAGACCAACCCAAACCUCCAAAAACCACUUGAAUUUAUAUUUUAGAGCAAAAAUGACGACUGCACCAUAUAACUAUUCCUAUAUUUUCAAAUAUAUCAUUAUUGGUGACAUGGGCGUUGGAAAGUCAUGUUUACUCCACCAGUUCACAGAAAAGAAAUUUAUGGCCGACUGUCCUCAUACUAUUGGCGUUGAGUUUGGCACACGGAUUAUUGAAGUGAGUGGGCAGAAGGUGAAGCUUCAGAUUUGGGACACUGCAGGGCAGGAGAGAUUCCGCGCCGUCACACGCAGCUACUACAGAGGAGCCGCAGGGGCCCUCAUGGUGUAUGACAUCACCAGGCGAAGCACAUACAAUCACCUCAGCAGCUGGUUGACUGAUGCCAGGAAUCUCACCAAUCCCAAUACUGUGAUCAUUCUAAUUGGUAACAAAGCAGACCUAGAAGCCCAGCGUGAUGUCACAUAUGAAGAGGCCAAGCAGUUUGCUGAAGAAAACGGUUUGUUAUUCCUCGAGGCAAGCGCAAAAACAGGCGAGAAUGUGGAGGAUGCGUUCCUUGAAGCCGCAAAGAAGAUCUACCAGAACAUUCAGGACGGCAGCCUGGACCUGAACGCGGCCGAGUCAGGGGUCCAGCAUAAGCCCACCGCUCCCCAGGGUGGCCGGCUCAGCAGUGACGCACAGCCCCAGAAGGAGGGCUGCAGCUGUUAAUGACCAUGAAGACUUCACUCUCUCUCUAUUUCUCGAUUCCUUCUUCUCCCACAUCCCACGUUUGCGUCCCUCUGCAUCUAAAAGCUUCUCCCCUUCCGGUAUGAUUGCUCAUGGAGUCUGGGGCCAGAUGGCUCUGGAGGUGUAACGAAAUUAAUUCCCUCCUUACUGCUCUCUUCUUCCCUUCCUCCUCUUCUCCUGUCUUCCCUCAGCUGUUUUGCUUAUUUCUCUUACGCACACAUCCCAGUGCUCUCAGGAAGCACUCGAGGGAGGACGGCUCCUCCGCUGAACACUAAACCUGAAGAGAGAAGAUUAUUGUCGAUAAACUGAAGAAAUGCUGGGUUUAUCCUUUAAAGACGUGAUGUGCAUAACCAUAAACUAAACAUCUCAUGUACAGGAGCUGUCUGAAUACUAGAGUAAUGUAAAUGAAACAGAAAUAUUGGCAGACGUUAUUCGUGUUGACAUGAUGAAGUGAUCAGCAGGAUAUGCAUCAAUAUUGUAACAUUUUGUUAAAAGUUCUAAAACUGAAAUAUUGUAUUGUUUUAAAUUAGUUUUUGCAGUUUCACAUCCAAUCACCAAAUAUUUAUCCCUGUUUGUACCUAUUCAGGAAAUAAUAUACAUGUACUAUACAGGAUUAGUAUUGUUUUGAGAAGAAUCUCAAUGGAAGGUCCAUUGUAAAAAAAAAAAA